UUGCUAGUUAGGGGCUCUAGCACGGAAGCCACUCCAGCAGACUCCAUAUACUAUUUUUAUUGUGACUGAUGAUGCCUCUGGGGCUCAGAGAGAUAAUCAGGUCCUUACAGACUCACCAGCCUUGACUUUGCCAGUGGUGCAGAUGGCUGAGAUGGAGAAGGCUACGAUAGUAGUGACUGAGGCUGAGAGCAGGAUAAUGAACUAUGCCAGCCCUGGGGUGAGGAUGGGAGUUAAUCCAUUCAGGUCAUCACCCCUGAAUUUCUUGACUGAAAUGUCAAGUUUCCUCCAAGCCAGGGAGUCUGCCACCUGGAGGGUGGCCUAUGAGUGGAGGUUUAUGAGGGGAGGGCUUCAUUGGAGGAUGAAUGGUGACCCAAACAGCAGAUUUCAUUCUACCUUCGGGAGUUUGCUGCAGGGCAUGGGUCUUACCAUGCUGCACCCUGCAGAACUUCAAGAAAUGCUUGGCUGUGAUAGAGUUGUCCUGGGAUCAAGUUGCCAAAGAACUCAUAGCAGAGUCCCUCGUUCUUGUCCUUGUAGGCAGGUAGCAGGCUGGCCAGGAGUAUGUCCUCGAACUAUAUCUCUGGUAGGGGCUCAAAAUGCCAGCCACACUGGCUUGCUGUGGGGAGACCAUGAGCUGAGAGAGGGGCUGUAGAAGCUGUUCACAUCAUUUCUUCUUUGACCAGUCAGGACAACCAUAGGCAUGGUAGUUCACAACUGUAAUCUCAGCACUCAGGAAGUUGAGGCAGGGGGAUCUCUAGUUUAAGGCCAGCCCAGGCUACAUAGCAAGACCCUGUCUCAAAGAGAACAUAAAAACCAUUUGGGGGAGUGCAGCCCAUGGGACUACUAUCCAAAGGUGGGCUGGGGUACCCAAGCCACAAAUGGGGAGACACAGACAACUCCAGAAGCAGAGGGGAUGCUGUGCUGGUCAACUCACCUUCCCACUUCACUCUCAUGAGAGCUCACUCACCUGAAUCAUUAGAGACAAUCUUGCCGCUCUCUUCCCCCAUUUAAGUCCCUUGUCUGGUCACCCUAGCCAGUCUGGAUCAGCCUUUUUAAGGCUAGGAAGUCUGCCUGUAGCAGCCUUUGGUCUGUCCUUCCUCCUCUGGAGAGGGGAAGGGAGGCAUAUGCCUCCCCUCUCCUCCCUAAAUCCUUCCCCUGGGAUAACACCUGACAGUGCCUUGGAAAGUGAUUAUACUGUUCUAAGGGUUUCAUCCAGGAAGGAAAAAAGGAAGUAUAGUUCCCAGUAGAGAAAAUGACUGAUGUCCUGCCUCAAAAAAUGAGAAUACCUGUGUGCCCCCAGACAUCUAGUCUUCCACUCUGGACCCUGCCACAGGGGAGAUCAAAUACACAUUCCACUUCUCUGGUUCUCAUCCCAGUGACCCAGGGUUAGAGCCCUUCUGAAAACACACAGUUGGGGCCUGGAAUCUCACCUCAGACACAGAGGAAGCCCUGCUAGGGUGAGUCACCUAGAUCUGUAACCCUGAUCCCUGUCCCUUACUAAGCCCUUUCUUCUGCCUUCUGUGAACAGGGCUGGGUUGUUUGAACUUCCCAUCAGUAUUGUUUACUCUAAGGUCCAGCUGUAUCAUGCACAGAAAAGUCAAACCCAGUACUGACUCAAAACACAUGCUUUCCUCUUCUCAUCCAGCUCUGCAUAGUCUAGACUUUUCAGAUCCCCUACACACAUCACACACCAGCACACCAUCACCACCAGCAGCUGGCUGUGGUGGACACAGCCCUUCUGGCCUGGCUGACUGUACCCAAUGCCCAUGUCCUGCUUGGCUUCUGAAUUACCCUCACUCAGCACCCCCUUGUGACCUACAGAUGGAGGGGGGAGGGUCAUCCCAGGACGUGCUAGGGGGAUUGGGUGUCAGAGUCAGGCACUGGGAGCCCAGUGUUUAGCCCUCCAAGCCAGCUAUAAUUAGCCAGGUGAGGCCACUGGCUGGGGCACGGUGCACUCCCUCUGCACCAAGCAGUCCCAAGCAGAGUGGGCACUCAAGUGAGAGGGCAAGAUAGGAGGGAUCUGAUCCUGGUACUGGGUCUGCAGGGCACAAUACUUCUUGCAUGCUUUGCUGCACCUGGUGACCCCCCCACACCCACAUAGCUGGUGUUGUAUAGCCCAUUACUCCAAUUUUGGGAUGUCACCUUGGGGUGGAGUUAGGAGGGUGGAAAGGGGAGGGACUGAAUUCUGAGAGCUGGAGACAUGUUCUUCGGGCCUUUCUGGGUGCACCUCAUUUGCAGCAAUCCAGCACACCUGGGCUAUGAGCGUACCCCGGACGGCAUACCAUCCCUCGGGCAUGGAGCAUGUCUCUCUUCCCGUCCAGAAGGAUGGCCCUGGACUCCUUUUGCCUGCUGGAAGAACCCCGUCCUGGCCUCCCACUCCGGGUGAGGAUCCCGGUUUACUUUCAUGUCCUCUGGAAGAGCCUGGCCUCAGACCCCAGGUCCCAGGAAACCUUCCCUCUUCAGGUUUGUCCCUAGAGGAAGAUAAGGAGGAGCAGGAUGAGGACGAUGACGAUGCGGCAGAACCGGAGGAACUGCGUAGCGAGGAGCAUCCGAGCCAUUUCUUCGCUGAAGCCCAGCGGCUGCGGGAGCAGGGGCUGUUGCUGGACGAAGAGGUGUCGGUGGGGGGACGAGUGUAUGGGGUGCACCGGGUGAUCCUGGCCGCGGUCAGCAGCCUCUUCCAAGGCAGGCUGCUGGGCGGCGGAGGUCCGCGGCCCUGCCUCAGACUCGAUGUGGCCCCGGGGGGCUGGGAGGCCGUGCUGACCUUUGCCUACGAGGGGGCGCUGGGCCCCGCGUCGCCAAGCGAGGUGCUGGCGGCCGCGGAGGCGCUGGGAGCGCCCCGGGUGAGGGCCGCGGCGCUGCGCGGGUGUGGGGGCCGCGGGAACGCGGGGGAGGAGGCCGGGCGGCGGAGCCGGGCGCAGGAGCUCAGGGACAACCUGCGCAGCAUCGAACUUCUGCACCGAGACGGCGUUGGCUGUGACCUGGAGCUGGAGGCCGACGGCUGCCGGCUGCGGGUGCACCGAACAGCCCUGGCCUGUGGCAGUGAGUUCUUCAGGGCCAUGCUUCUGAGUGGAAUGAGGGAAUCCCAGGGCACUGAGGUGUCUCUACACACCAUCUCUACCCAGGACCUGCGACUUCUUGUCUCUUUUGCCUACUCUGGAGUUGUACGAGCACGAUGGCCAGGACUACUGAGAGCUGCCCAGGUGGCUCUGCAGUACCAAAGCUCUUCCUGCCUGGAUUUGUGUCAGAGAGCCUUGGCACGAAGCCUCAGCCCUGCCCGUUGCCUGGCCCUGUUCCCAAUGGCUGAAGCCCCUGGAUUGGAGAGGCUGUGGAGCAAAGCCCGUCACUACCUCCUCACCCACCUUCCUGCUGUGACUUUGUGCCCCACUUUCCCUUCUUUGCCAGUGGCCUGUCUGGCUGAGCUGCUGGAUAGUGAUGAGCUCCAUGUGCAGGAAGAGUUUGAGGCCUUUGUGGCUGCACGGUGUUGGCUAGCUGCUAACCUCGAGACCCAGGAAUCAGAGGCCAAGGCCCUGUUGCAAUGUGUCCGCUUUGGCCGCAUGUCUACCCGGGAGCUGCGGAAGGUGCGGGCAGCUGGGUUACCCCCACCCUUGCCGCCAGAUAUGCUGCAUCAGCUGAUGGUGGAGUCUGAGGUUCCAGGUCGAGAGCGGAGGAGGGAGCCUGACCACGCACUGGUCGUGAUUGGUGGGGAUGGGCUCAGACCUGACAUGGCCCGAAGACAGCCAUCUCGAAAGGUGUGGUGGGCCCAGGCCUUCUGCUGUGGCACGGGACUGGUACGAACUGUGGAGUGGGGGCAGUUGCCUCCCCUGCCUGCCCCAGGACGCUUCCGUCAUGGGGCUGCCAGCCUAGUAGGAAGUGAACUCUAUGUGUGUGGGGGACAGGAUUUCUACAGCCACUCCAACACUCUGGCUUCAACUCUCAGGUGGGACCCCAGCCAAGAGGACUGGGAGGAGGUGGCACCUUUGUGUCAGGCUCGGAGCCUUUUUCCCCUGGUGGCACUGGAUGGACAACUUUAUGCCCUGGGUGGACAAGGCAGUGGUGUUGCCCUUAACUCUGUGGAGACCUAUAAUCCGGGGCUCAAUGUCUGGAGGCCAGCACCUGCACUUCCAGCACCAUGUUUUGCCCAUGCAGCUGCUAUCUCGGAGGGCCGUUUGUAUUUGAGCGGUGGCUGUACUGGAACUGGACAAUACCUUGCCUCCCUGCUGCACUAUGACCCCAAACUUGAGAAGCCAGGGACACUUCUGAGCCCAAUGGGGGUGCCUCGGGCUGGCCACGUCAUGGCUGCUCUGGGUGGACGGUUGUAUGUGGCAGGUGGGCUAGGUGAGACUGGGGACCUGCUGAGCUUUGAGGCCUAUGAACCAAGGACUGAUAGCUGGACUCACUUGGCACCCCUGCCCUCCCCCCAUGUGGGGGCUGCAGGUGCUGUGUUGCAGGGGGAGCUGCUGGUGCUGGGGGGCUAUAGCCACCGUACUUAUGCCCUCUCCCACCUUAUCCAUGCCUACAGCCCUGGCUUGGGCAGAUGGCUCUGCCUAGGAACUCUGCCCAGGCCACAGGCUGAGAUGCCUGCCUGCAUCCUGGCACUGCCUACUGUUCAGCACAUAGCUUUAGUUCCCACCCUGCACCAAACCAAACCUGCUGGGUGAGGGGGGAGCAGCAGUGUAGGGGGGAGGAAGGGAUGAAAAUAUCACGAGAGAAGGACAGAGAUUGUGAAGGGAGAAAGAUAAGGCUUUAUUCCAUUUUAUUUUUGCAGUACUAAGGUUUUGAACUCAAGGCCUUAUGCUUGCUAGAUAGGAGCUCUACCACUUGAGCCAUACCUCCAACCCUCCCUGCCCCUCCGUUUUUUAGAGACAGGACCUUGCUGUGUAGACAAGGCUAGCCUGGAGCUUAUAAUUAUCUUGCCUCAGCUUCCUGAGUGCCGAGAUUAUAGGCAUGAGGCACUAUGACCAGCUUGAGAAGACUUCAUUCUUGAUAGCAUAUUAUUUUCACCCAGUGCUUGCACCUUGGAAUGCUUUUGUGUAUACAGUCUCUACUGCAGAACUCCUGGAGAAAGGGUGUUGAGGAAGGACAAGCAGCUGAAUACUUGGGUAAGAGGUGAGAGGAAAGAAUUCCACAAAGCUGAGGGAUUCUGGGUAGGAGAAGUGCAGCUGGUUGGGGAAAGAGUCAAGAAUCUCCAGGAAGGUUUGAGAGUAAAGCUCAUUGGUAGAGGGCCUGCUUAGCACACAUGAGGUGCAUGUGCACGCGUGCACACACACACACGCAGACUCUCAUAGCCAAAGCAUAGGGGUCAUAAAACCUGAUUGGAAAAGAAAUUCUAAUCCAUGGAUUGAGGAAGAAAUGUGAAAAGGACAUGAGUUUGAGGGGUAUAGGAGGAAGGUGCAGCCCUUCUCUUUCCUAGUAUUUACUCUCCUACUCUUCCUUCCUGGCAUGCCUAGUCCUCUUGACAAUCUUUCACAGGUGAUUUUGUAGGCCCAGUCUAAUGUUUCCCAGCCCAGACGUCAUAGGCCACCUCUUAGAGACUUUUGGUCUCCAUCAGAAGCAGAAGUUCCCAUCAGGGCCUGGACAGCACAGGGUCUGUGAUGCCUGGCAGGCCCUCCCGGAUGAUGAGGUGGAAGCCUUGUGGUGAGAAAGAUGAGGAGGGCUGAGGCCAAGGAGUGAUGCCCAUGGUGGAAAGGGAUGAUACGAGGUGAAGUAAGGGUAUGUCGGGCUUCUUUUUUUUGUCUGUUUCUUUGUUCUCUUUUAUUUUUCCUUGAAGCAUUAUGUUCAUGUGGCAUCUAGUUAUACUCCAUUCAUCUUCUUUCUUUGUUUUAUUUAUGUUUGAUGAAAUGGAAUUUAUAGUCUUAGUUUAUAGUCCAAGCUUGCCUGGAACUUGAGGUCCUCCUGCCUCAGUGUCUUUAGUGCUGGGAUCACAGGCCUGCACCACCAUGCCUGGCUCCUUGUGGGCUUUUUUGUUUUGUUUUGUUUUUGUUUCUUGCCCCUUUUCUCCUCCCUCACACAGUUAUUAAUUGCCUAUCAUAUGUCAGGCACUGUGUGAAACACCAGGAUACAAAGUUCAGAGUGCUACUGGUCAGAGGAUGAACUUGUAAACUGAUACAAGUGUUGUGGUGGACUUAGAAGUAUAGAUAAAGUUCUAUGAGAUCCCAGAGAAUGGAGGCAUGAACUCUGCCUCCAUUCUGCUUGAAUUGGAUUUUUUUAUAUUUUUUAUUUUUGGGGGGUACUGGGGUUCGAACUCAGAGCCUACACCUUGAGCCAUUCCACCAACCCUUUUUUGUAAUGGCUUUUUUC